AUGCAGCUCUUUGUGGGCGGCUUGGUCGGCAUCCUGUACAUGGCAAAUGUUUUGCAGGAAAGCAUCGGCUUUUAUGCCACCUAUCUGGAGAUCCUAAUGAUGGUGAUCGGUGCCCUGGUUGCUUUUGCAGUGAACUGCUGGAGGAACAAAGUCCUCAGCAAGACAGACCUGCAACGGGACCUCCUUGCCUUUGAGCAUCAGUUGCAAGAGCUCCACCAGAAUCCCCAGCCGCAGUGCGCCCGUGGGCAAUGCCGCGCUAUCACUGCCGGACAGCUCUGGGAUUUCUUCAUUUUCUGGCAGUCCUACAUCUUCAAUCGCAACAUGUACUAUGUGGUUUCCAACGUUGUCAAGCCACUGACUCGUCCUUGGAAGCUUUCAUACGCGGAGCUGGCCGGGUCAUGCUGCCUCCAAUGGUUCGUGUCGCAUUACUGGGGCACUCCCUUCUGUCACUUUGUGGACACCAUCCGUAAGCAUGCGGAGACGUUAUCAGAUCCCAGCCCAGUGUCGUGGAUGCUGGCUUCCUACUGGAUCUGCUCCUUCGCGAACAACCAGUGGCGUGUCGAGGAAGAGGUAGGAAUGAGUUGGGAGCAGUCAUCCUUCUAUCUCGCCCUCCGAAGUGGCAGCUGCCAGGGCACUGUAAUGGUCUUUGACAACGAUGCCCUGCCACUGACAAGGUCUUGGUGCCUGUUUGAGCUCCUCCAGACUGCCGUGCUCAGCCGAAACGAGCCGACUUUUGAAGGCCUUCAAAUCUGCACCCCUUCCGGCGUCAUGAACCAGGGGCAGACGAACAUUGAGUUGGCAGUGGUGAUCAGCAAGAAGCUUGCAGACCUGAACCUGCGGGAUGCGCAGGCCAGCUGCCUCGAGGAUAAGCACAUGAUUGACCGCCUGGUGGCAGCGCAACCCGGGGGCUUUGAGCAGGUCAACACAUACCUCACGCAGGCCGUCAAUGCUGCCUUGCAAGCAACAGCGCUGCGUUUCCAGGAGGACUUGCAGCACCUUCAUCAUCGCUUGGCCUCCAGAUCCGGAGCCUUUCACACUGGGGCCCCGGCGGAGGGUCGCGAGGCCUUUGAGCGUCGGGCGAGGACCUUCCCGGCUCUCCUCGGGCGGCUCUCCUCGGUCCCAACUGGCAAAGACCGUGCUGACUUUAGCGGCUGUGCUAAAUCGUCUCUGGCAGGGCCGCAUCCUGCAGCAGAGCACCACAAGACAGUUGAGCAAAGUCAAGCUAGUGCGAAACUCUGA